AUGGCGACCGGAGCAGAUAUUCGCGCGGCAUUGGGAUCAGACUUUGCGACAAAUGCGCUGCCAUCACUCCCGCGCACAGCCUCCACACAAGUCUCGCAAGCGGCAACCAAGAACUCAUCACAGCCACGAAGGCACAAACGGAGCCUAUUACGCCGAGGUGGAAAAGCGGUUCACUGGUCUCGUGACUCAACAGGAGUAUCAUCUAGACGCGAUCAACUACGACUCAUACGAUGGCGACGAGCGAGAGAUGAUGAAGAACCCUUCGCUCGAUUCGCCAAAUAUGAUGUCCACGCUGAGCUCCCUCAGUAUGAUGCGGAGAUCUACGAAGCCCAUCUGACCCAUCCGGAGUGGACCAAGGAUGAGACUGAUGGGCUCAUGGAAGCUUAUGGCGACAAUUACGGCAAGUGGCCAGUAAUUACUGACAGAUACGACACCGGACGCCCUCGGAGUAUGGAGGAUCUGAAGGCUCGAUUCUAUGGCGUAUCCGCGACUGUGUUGUCCCUGAACACCCCUAUUUCUUCCAUGACCGGUCCACAAUAUACGCUGUACGACACACUUCGCAACUUCGAUCCGGCGAAGGAAGCAUCACGAAAGAAGCUCGCGGAAGGCCAUCUCCAGCGUCGGCAGACCGAAGUCGACGAGGAGACUGUGCUUCUUGGCGAGCUUCAGCGCAUUAUGCUGAAUCAGGCAAACCUCGACAGUGAGCGCGAAGACUUACGGCGGCGGCUCGACCAUCCCCUGGCAAACACGAAUGGCUACCAGUACAACACAUCUCAGGCACUCACACAAUUGUGGCAGCAAUUACUGCAGACCGAUAGGAUGAAGAAGAACCAGCGACUGAGAGCUACAGGCAACCAGACAUUCGAUGGUCUACCAGGCACGACACCCACAUCAGCACGACCACGAGACUCUAUUGCUGGGAUCUCAGAUUCAGGCGCCGCCUCAGGACGCCGGCCGACACGCGACUCAUUACCGUCGGCGACCACACCAGGCAGCACUCUACCUGUCGAUAUGUCCAAAGCAGAUCUAGCGCGCUUUGGUGUAGUAGUAGCGCAGGACAAGAUCUCAAGUGGCAUCACUUUUGCUUCGGAUCGAUUGUCCAAACCUCGGAUAGCAAAGUCUACACUGCAGACGGACAAGAUUGCUGCGAUCUUGACUCAUGCCGGAGUGCCGGAUCUGAUCGCCUUGCCCACACCUGCCGUGAUUGAGCAAUUCGAUGCCAUCAUGAGUAAGGUGCAUGCAUUGCUGGACAUGAGAAAGCUUGCAGAGAAGGAGGAGCAGGAACUUCGGGUCAGGAGUGCGGAAGCUGCUUGA